AUGGAAAGGCCAGAGCUGCAGACCCUAUACUCCCUUCUUGACCAUGUCAAAGCCUGUAUCGCGUUAUACGAAGCGACGUACUCCGAUCGCGCACGACUGCAGGCGUAUGAAACGUCUGUGAAGCUGACCAGGGCUCUCGAAGACCCCAAAAAUGCAGUGUUCAAGCUUUUUCUCUCGCUCACUCGCCAGCCGACCCAAGCGAUGGCAGUCAAGAUUGCGCAUGACCUCGGUCUCUUUGCGAUUCUGGCAGCUUCAGACGUGGCGGUUUCGUGCAAAGAAUUGGCUGAUCGGAGCGGUGCCCAUCCACUGCUUGUCGAACGGAUCAUGCGGGUCCUCGUCGCAAUGGCCUUCGCCCAGGAGCAUAGUGGUCGGAAGUAUUGUGCGACCUUGCUCUCGAAGGAGAUGGUAGGCAAGAAAUCUGCCAUUGUCGACACGUUAUUCGUCGACAUUGCCCCAGCGAUUCUGAAAACGCCCAAGAUCCUCCGCGAAACGAACUACCAGAACCCCGAAACCCCCUGCGCCGGACCGAUCCAGCAUACGUACGGCACCCCGCUGGCGACCUUUGACUGGCUGGCUGAGAAUAAACCUAUCCAGCAACGCUUCCACGCCUAUGUGGAGGCCGUCAGAGCGGGUCAGCCCUAUUGGGUGGAUUGGUUCCCCGUGCAGGAGAGGAUUCUGCACGACUGCUGCUGUGGCCCCGAUGAUCCACUCAUCGUGGAUCUGGCGGCCGGCCGUGGAGGUGAUAUGUGGGCCUUCAAGCGGAAGUUCCCUGAUGCCACCGGGAGAGUCAUUAUCCAGGACCUUCCGGCGGUGUUCCAGGACGUCUACGGUCAGGACCUGGGGCUCGAGAGGAUCGAGCAUGAUAUUUUCGAUCCCCAGCCGAUAAUUGGCAAGUCGACGAAUUUUAUCUCCUGUGUGGCGAACAUGGGCCAAGAGCUAAUAUCGCACCAUGCAGGGGCGCGCGUCUACUACCUCCGAUGGAUUUUACAUGAGUUCUCGGACGACGGCUGCAGAAGGAUCCUCCAGGGCCUCACCCAGGUGAUGCGAAAGGGGCACUCGAAGAUCCUGAUCGAGGAGUUUAUUCUUCCGGAUGAGAAUGCAGGGUUGUUCCCGUCGAUGGUGGACAUGCUCCUGAUGGUCUUCGGUCCGGGAAUCGCGCGUACGGAGGGCCGGUGGCGCACGAUGCUGACCUCUGUGGGGCUCAGGGUCAACCUUGUGGCGCACGCGAACGGUGAAGGGCCGUCUAUCAUUGAGGCGGAAUUGUAGGUUGAGGUGCUGCUUGCGUUUGGCCCACCUGGGCUGAAGUCGGGUGCUACACAUGUGGACGCACUACUGCCGCUAAGCCCAUGCAUGGCUGGGAAACAUGCAUUGGAAGGACGAUGUUUCUAGGCAUCUAGC